AUGUCCUACAUCUUAUUGCCAUAUCCCAUUUUACCGAAGACUCCUUCAACACUUCUUGAGGACAUCGGCCUAUGCCAUGAGCUUCAUCUGCAACUUCAUUCUCAAUAUGGUGAAGAAGGUAGAAGAACUCGCCAGAGUACCAAGCUCAUAUCAGAGGAGAUACUCAAACCUUGGAGAACAAUAUGGUUAGAGCGUUGGUCAAAAGAUGAGGCCAAGUUGGCAGCAAUAUUUGAUUGGUUAUCUACUGCAACUUUUAUCGAAGUGAUCCACAACAUUCCUGUACUUGAUGCUCUCAAUGUGUUUCUGAGCAUCCAAGUUUUGGUAUCCUACGGUAAAUUGGACCUUGCAUAUCAGGAACUGGCUGUACUGCAGCGCUUCAUUGCAUUACAGUCAUCUGAUCACCAGCACAAUCUUGCAUUGGAUAUGAUCAACAGCGUAGAUGAUGAACUCAAUAAUGCUGAUUCCGACACUAAUUCUGACACUGAUUCCAACACUGAUUCCAACACUGAUUCCAACACUGAUUCCAAGUAUACUGAUUCCGAGUAUACUGAUUCUGAAAAUGGAAAUGAAUCAGAUAGUGAUUCAGACUAUCAACAUCUCCGUUUCACCCAGCAAAAAAACAAGCAAAAACCAACCCCAUCUCCUGGCAUAAGUCAUAAACUCUCACAUCUAGAACAAUGCCAAGCCUGGCAUCAAGUUUUGAGAGAUAAUUUACUUGUGCUCUCAAAUGAUUCUCCUGCACUUGAGGCCAUGUCAGCAUCAAACUUCGAAGUCAGCCAGCGUCAGGUUGCAAUAACAAUUCAGUCAAUGAAAAAGACUCGACGAUCGACUUAUCGCCAACAUAACUUCAUUCAAGCUGUGAUUCAAUCUGGCUUAUCUGCCACAAUAGUAAAAUUAUCAAAUCCACAAUACAUAUUUCUUCAUUCUCAAAACCCACAUCAUCAUCGCCUUUUGAGACUGUAUGGUUUCAAUUUGGUGUUGGGAAAUUUACUGGACCAGUGGACUCCCGCCAGUUGGCUAACUGAAGCUGAGAAUCAUUUGGAGCAGAAUCCCCCAGCCAUUUUCAACAAGGGAAAUGAAAUGGAAAUGAAGACGGGAAAGGAUCUUUUCCAAGCACUGCAACAUAAUCCAAGGCUCAUUCCAAAUAUAUCAAAUCCUGCAGCAAUUUUCUUCCUCUGUUCAUUGGAAAAUUUUGAGUUUGCAUGGGAGAGAUGGUUGGCAUGCUCAUUAGAUGCUGCUGGCUACAACGUCUCAAAUACAGAUGUAAAAAUGCUUUACCGCAGAAGCAUUGAGUAUCUUGUGCGCCUCAACCACAAUGAUCAUAAUUGGUCAAGAGUGAGGGAGAGCUGGGAUGGGAUUCUCAUUUUAAUCAUUGAACGGACUCUCAAUCUACGUUCACUCUUGAACCAGAUUGAUAACGAGACUCACAUUCCCUCAAUACACCAUUGUACAAGUUGCAAAGAUCAACCUCCAGAAUGCAGAUGUGUCCAGCGGGUAGAUGUUGCUUUGAAUGAAUCCCCGGAAUUUAUAGAAGAAUGGGAGGGGGUAGGUAUUACUAUGGUUCCAGAAGGGGAUCGCAUGAAACCACGCCAGGGGCGUAAGGCUAGCUGUGCUAACCAUAUCACUCACCCCAAUAACAUAGGUCCAAAAGGUCUACGUCGGAUUGCUGCUGAUAACAAGGUGCUUCAUCGAUGUGGUAAACAGAUCUAUCUGUUCUAUGCAAGUGGAAAAUUGUGUGACUUUGUAUGGUAUGAAGCCUUUUCACGAGGCAAAGAUAAAGUAUGGGAACGGCUUGUCAAAUACUCACAAACUCCAUUGGGAGUGCAGCCUGUUAUCCGAGGAGCAAAGUUUGGAUAUUGGACCAGUGGACAAAUGAUUCCUUUUGGUGCUCGCGAGCCAUCGGGCGGUCGACGUGCAGAUCACUACACCCUUUACAAGGGAAUUACUGGGGAAACAUAUGAAGGAGUUUGCAUCAUGUUUGAACAAGCUGAGAUGUCUGCUAUCAUGCUCCAAACUGCUCGUGCUGUUCAUCCUGAUAUUGUUAGAGAGAUCAAAUCACAGUCAGCUCUCUGUGAAAAAGUUGGGCUUUCUGGCCUCAACCUUUUCAACUGUAGUGGUUACACAGCUCCUCAGCAUAGAGACAAUGACUGUACACCCUCGCUGUGUGCCCAGUUUGUGCUGAAUGCUGAAACAAAAUGGUCUGAAUUUUCUUUCUGCGCUAUUCAAUAUGGAUAUUAUAUUGAAUCACGGGACAAUACACUAUGGCAACUACCUAAUCUUUAUUCUUCCGCUUAA